AUGGCCUUCACGUUCGCUGCCUUCUGCUACAUGCUGUCGCUGGUGCUGUGCGCUGCCCUCAUCUUCUUCGCUAUCUGGCAUAUAAUCGCAUUUGAUGAAUUAAAGACAGACUUCAAGAGCCCUAUAGACCAGUGUAACCCAGCACAUGCGAGAGAGCGGCUGAGAAAUAUUGAACGAAUCUGCUUUCUUCUGAGAAAGCUAGUAUUGCCAGAAUAUUCCAUCCAUAGCCUUUUCUGUAUAAUGUUUCUUUGUGCUCAAGAAUGGCUGACCCUUGGUUUGAACAUUCCUCUGCUUUUCUACCAUUUCUGGAGGUACUUCCAUUGUCCAGCAGACAGUACAGAGCUAGCGUAUGACCCACCUGCAGUAAUGAAUGCAGAUACCCUGAGUUACUGUCAAAGAGAGGCCUGGUGUAAACUAGCGUUCUAUCUUCUUUCAUUCUUCUACUAUCUUUACUGCAUGAUCUACGCUUUAGUGACUUCCUAA